AUGGUGCUCCUGUCCCGUGGAAUCCCCCAGGUCAUGGCAGCUUUCGGGUGGAAAUACUUCAACGAUUCUGCAUGCAAACUCGUCUUCUACGUUUACAGGGUGGGCAGGGGCAUGUCCUUCGACAGCGCCUGUCUUCUAAGUGUCUUCCAGGCCAUCGCCAUCAGCCCUGGGAACUCCAGGUGGGCAGGAUUGAAGGUUAAGGUUCCCAGGUCCACGGGUGUCUCUGUCGGCUCGUGCUGGCUUCUGCACGUGCUGGUAAACAUCAUCUUCCCCGUGUACAUGACUGGCAACUGGAGAAAUAAAACCAUUGCUGAGAAAUACGUCUACGGCCAGUGCUCUUCCGUCCCUGGUGACAGGGAGGCACACUGGCUGCAUUCGGCCCUGUUGCUGGUCCCUGACGCUGUGUCUCUGGGCCUCACGCUCUGGGCCAGCGGCUCCAUGGUCUUCCUCCUGUACAGACACAAGCGGCGGGUCCGGCAUCUCCACAGGAACAGCGCGACCCCCAAGUCCUCGCCCGAGAUCAGAGCCACGCAGACCAUCCUCGUCCUCCUGGGCACCUUCCUGUCUUCGUACGCCCUCUCCUCCGCCUUCCAGGUCUUUCUGAGGAAUCUGCUUCCUCCCGCUUGGUGGCUGGUGCCCACGGCCGUGCUGAUUGCCACGUGGUUCCCAAGUGUCAGCCCCUUUGUCCUCCUGGGCCGCGACCCCAGAGUCUCCAGACUCUCUUUUGCCUUUGGGAGUUUUCUCACAGGAUCUCCAUCCCGGAAAUUUCAGAACAUCAAUUCGCUCAGGGUGCCGGGGUAG